AUGGAGGCCAUUCCUCGAUUGGCCCGCGGUGGCCAGCGAUACCUACAGCUUCCUCUGCGCUCUGUUCGUAGUCUGCAUACCUCUCCUCGACUGAAGCCUUCCUACCUGCCGAGACCAUGCCUGCAAUCCCCAAGGGCCUUGUCAACCCUGCGAACAGCCCAAUUACCGUCUAGAAAUCUGCGCAUUGGGACGUCGAAGCUCUCGUCUCGUCUCAUCUACCCUACCCAAGUGGGCACUGUGCGAUACAUUUCCACCAAAGAGCUCCCUAAUAACAAGGGACCCAUCGUUCGCUUCUGUUACCGGAUAUUCGCAUGGACGGGCAUCUUCAUCGUCUUCUCCGGCACCUUGGUCCUCGCCUUCUUUCUCUACGAUGCCUCCACCUACCGCGAAGAGCCAGAUCCGACCGGCGACAUUGCUGUGUCGGAAGCGGCGCUGUCACCCAGAAGAGGAGGACCCAAGAACCUGCCCAUCGCAGAGGUCUUGGUGGAUGACGAAGACUGCGACCACAUGCGUGAGCAGAAAGACAAGCCAAAAUUGGUCGUUCUCGGCACCGGCUGGGGGAGCGUCGCCAUGCUGAAAGAACUCCAUCCAGGCGAUUACCAUGUGACGGUCGUGUCCCCGGACAACUACUUCCUGUUUACGCCCAUGCUGCCGUCUGCCACGGUGGGCACCCUGGAACUGCGAUCACUCGUUGAGCCAGUGCGCCGGAUCGUCAAUCGGUUGAGGGGCCAUUUCUUGAGAGCUGAGGCCAUCGACAUCGAGUUCACCGAAAGGCUGGUUGAGGUGGCCCAGGAGGACGCCGACGGGAACAAGCGACAUUUUUAUCUGCCCUACGACAAGUUGGUGAUUGGAGUCGGCUCGACGACCAAUCCCCACGGCGUCAAAGGCCUGGAACACUGCAACUUCCUCAAGACCAUCGAAGAUGCCCGCCUCAUCAAGAACAAGGUCCUGCGUAACCUCGAACUUGCCUGUCUGCCCACCACCUCGGACCAAGAACGACGGAGGCUGCUCUCGUUUGUCAUCAGUGGUGGUGGCCCGACCGGGGUGGAGUUUGCUGCAGAACUAUACGACAUGCUGAACGAAGACCUCUUGAAAUCGUUCCCCAGGAUAUUACGGAACGAAGUGUCUGUGCACGUCAUCCAGUCGAGGGGCCACAUCCUCAAUACCUAUGACGAAGCCUUGUCCGUCUACGCCGAGAAGAGAUUCGAACAUGACCACGUCGAAGUCCUGACGAACUCGCGGGUCAAGGAGGUCAAACCCGAUCGCAUCAUCUUCUCACAGAUGGAGGACGGGAAGCCCGUCACCAAGGAGCUGCCUAUGGGAUUCUGUUUGUGGUCCACCGGUGUCGCGCAGACCGAACUGAGCCGGAAGAUCGCCCAAAAGCUUGGCGAGUUCCAGAACAACCGACACGCUCUCGAGACGGAUUCACAUCUGCGACUUCAAGGAGCACCGCUGGGAGAGGUCUACGCCAUUGGAGACUGCGCCACCGUUCAAAACAAUAUCGCGGACCACCUCACCACUUUCCUCCGCGGCAUGGCUUUCGAACAGGGUAAGGAUCCGGAGAAAAUGCACAUCACCUUCCAGGAUUGGCGCAGCGUGGCGCAAAAGGUGCGCAAGCGGUUCCCUCAAGCGGCCGGUCAUCUCAAACGACUGGACAAGUUGUUUGAGGAAUAUGACAAGGACAAAUCUGGCACGCUAGACUUUGGCGAAAUGCACGAGUUGCUCGUCCAGAUUGAUUCCAAGCUGACCUCUCUUCCCGCCACGGCCCAACGUGCGAACCAACAGGGCCAGUAUCUCGGUCGGAAAUUCAACAAGAUUGCAGCCGCCAUUCCCGGCUUCAAGGCGAACGAGGUCGACUUUGGUGACCUCGACGAGGCCGUCUACAAGGCCUUUGAGUAUCACCACAUGGGUUCCCUGGCCUAUAUUGGAAACGCCGCCGUUUUCGAUUUUGGCGGUUUAAAUUUCAGCGGUGGGCUGAUGGCUGUCUACCUGUGGCGGAGCAUCUAUUUCGCCCAAAGCGUCAGUUUCCGGACGAGGAUGCUGUUGGCGAUGGAUUGGAGUAAGAGGGCCCUUUUUGGAAGAGACCUGAUGAGCUUCUGA